AUGUUGUCAUCCUCAACCUCAAGGAUAACUUUCAUUUUUAGGUAUUCUCUUCUCCAAAUCCCUAAUUUUGUAUCCUUCCCUUCCUCUUCAUCUUCAAUCUCAUCCCUUCACUCUCAUUCUGAGCCCCCAUCCACUCGCCAAGUUGAUGAAGCUGUUGAUUCCUUCACUCGCAUGCUCUCUAUGCGUCGUACUCCUUCCAUCAUCCAAUUUAACAAGAUUUUGGGAUCUCUUUCCAAGACGAAGCAUUUCCACGCCGCCGUUUCCCUUUUUCAGCAAUUGCAAGCCAGAGGAAUCGCUCCCGACUUAUUUACUUUGAGCAUCGUAAUUAAUUGUUGUUGCGGCAUGGGUCGUAUGACGCUUGCUUUCUCUGUAUUGGCCAAGAUUUUCAGAAUGGAUUAUCAACCUGAUACCAUAACAUUGAAUACACUCGUUAAAGGUCUCUGUCUCUGUGGUAAUGUUGAAAAAGCACUGCACUUUCAUGACAGAGUGCUGGCUCAUGGAUUUCAGUUUAAUCAAGUCACUUAUGGGACCUUGAUCAAUGGGCUCUGUAAGACCGGACACACAUCAGCUGCUAUUCAAGUGUUGAGAAAGAUCCCACAGUAUGGGAUUGCUCCUGAUGUCUUCAUCUACAGCGCAAUUAUUGAUAGCCUCUGCAAGGAUACACUUGUAAGUCAGGCUUUUCAUUUAUUUUCUGAAAUGCUUGCUAAGGGAAUUUCUCCUGAUGUUGUCACAUACAGUUCUCUCAUUUUUGGAUUGUGUCUUGUGGGUCAAUAUAAGGAAGCCAUUGAUUUGUUAAGUGAUAUGGUGCUUAGAAACAUUACUCCAAAUGUUCGUACGUAUAGUAUUUUGAUCGAUGGGCUAUGCAAGGAAGGAAAGAUCAAAGAUGCUAAGAGUGUAUUGGCUGUAAUGGCAAAACAUGGUGUGAAACCAGAUGUGGUUACUUAUAACAGCUUAAUGGAUGGAUAUUGUUUGGUUAACCAGGUAAAUAAGGCAAAAUAUAUAUUCAACACAAUGGCCCAAAUUAGAGUGUCACCCAAUGUUCAAAGUUACAGUAUCAUGAUUAAUGGCUUCUGCAAAAGUAAAAUGGUCAAUGAAGCCUUGAAUCUCUUCGAAGAAAUGCGUCACAAGAACUUGGUUCCAGACACAGUAACUUACAACACUCUUAUUGAUGGCUUGAGCAAAUCGAAGAGAAUCUCUUGUGCUUUGGAGCUUCUUGUCAAGAUGCACGAAAGAGGUCCACCUGCUGAUGUAGUCACUUACAGUUCCUUGUUGGAUGGGAUGUUCAAAAACCAACAAGUUGACAAGGCACUUAUGUUAUUCAAGCAAAUGAAAGAGAGUGGCAUUGAUCCAAAUAUAUGCACGUACAAUGUACUUAUUGAUGGCCUAUGCAAAGGUGGAAGACUUGUAGUUGCGAAAGAGAUUUUUCAAGAUCUUUCUGUGAAAGGCUAUCCUCCAAAUGUGAGGACAUACACUAUUAUGAUCAAUGGGCUCUGCAGAGAGCGCUUGUUUGAAGAAGCAUUGGCCCUGCUGUCGGAAAUGGAACACAAUGGUUGCUUACCAAAUGCUGUGACUUUUGAAACUGUUAUUCGUGCUUUGUUUGAAAAAGAUGAGAACGACAUGGCGGAGAAAUUUCUUCGGGAAAUGGUUGCUAGAGGCUUAUUAAAUUGAUAAAAGAAGCUUCUCUCAAUUUCUUCACGCCAUUUCUGCUUCUUUUCAACUUCUCAUUAACUCCAUCCACUGUUGCCAUACUUCUUGGUCCGUUUGACUUCCAGGGACUCCAAUUUCGGGUCUGAGCCAAGUGAACCAUGACUGACCCCAGCUAAUUAUGCAGUGUUGGACUGUUUCUUCCAUCGCGGUACAUCUUCGACAGGUUGGGGGUAUUGUUCUGAUUCUUCCAUGGAGUUGUUGGUUCACUGGCAAUCCCUUGUGCAUUACUUUCCAGAAGAAGAUUCUUAUUUUCGGCUGCACUUUCAGGUCCCAAAUAGAAGUCCAGAGCUUCUUCUGCCGGCAGUGGAGUGGCAUCAGCUCGAGUGGAGGGUGGUAGAACUAGUGCGCCAGUAAAUAUCCUGAAGCCACGGUGUAGCAACCCUUUUUCUCCCUUGGCCAGAUAACUGAAUCAUCCCCUUCCCCAAUUUCAGUUUGUAAAAUAUUCUGUGCAAUAUCUGUACUGAAUUGUUCUGCAAUGAGCUGUUGGUUCCAUUGCUUGUUUUCGUUUAGGAGUUGAUUAACCCAAAUUAGUUGUGAGUUAGUAGGAAUUAACAUCUGAGUAGAUAAUGCUUGUUGACUUUUGAUUCUUCCAUCUGAGUAGAUAAUGCUUGUUGGCUACAAGUUAAUCCAAACUAUGCUGAAGCUCUCUAGUGUGAAUUUUCCUUUAUACAUUGAUUUGUAUUUGGCCCCUUUCGUAAUCAAUUGUGAGACACUAGAAUUCUUCUCAACUUAUUUGGUUUCUAGUUGAACCCAUACUCACUAGAUUUUAAACUUCAAAAAUCACUUCAUCUCAAACGGAUGAAAUAUUGCUGUUGCUAUAAACUUUGCAAAGCCAAUCUUUGCAUUAUAAU